UCUGACAUGCUAUAUUUUAAUAUGCAUUUAUUGGCUAUUGAAUUUGCACAUCUAGUUGCGUGUCUUCUUUUUUGGACUAUAAAUACAUCCUUCUUCUCAGGCAGGGAAGGUGGAGAGCUACUACCCAAUCUAGAGAAUUUCUUUAGUCUAUCAAGCGACACCGAUGGUGAAAAGCAAGAUGCAAUAAAUUUAUUUUUGGGUUAUUUUAAACCACAGGAAGGGAAACCUGCUCUAUGGGAAUUGGAUUCUGAUUAUUAUCUUCACGUUUCUGGGAUUGGUGAUGACCUAUUCCCUGAUAAAUGUUUGGAAGCUACUGUUAAAGCUGUGGGACAAGGGAUGAUUCUUGCCCCAGUUCCAGCAUGCAGAGAAGAUUUUUCUCGCCUAAAAUUGACUUCCUUUGAAAAAUUGAUAGCGAAAACACGUAGCUCAAUAAAAAAUGUUAAAGACUUUGCAGUGAACCAGACCAAAGACCAGGUGGUGGCACCUGAUGCAGCUGAAAUACAGUUGAAGAGUCCAAAUAUGCUCUUCGGCCAGAGAAAGCUUGAAGGAAGUGUGUCUGCUCCCAAUGUUACAUCACAUGAAAUUGUAAAUCAGGAAGUUCAUAAUGAAAUAAGAGCCGACACUUUCUGUGACUUGAAUUGGCUUUCUUCAGUUGAUGACAUAAAUGACGAAGGUGUCUUCCAGAGGUAUCUCACAAUGAUCUUUGCUGAUGAAGCCAAUGGUUGGUAUGGUGGAACACUGCUCGGUGAUCAAGAUGAAGGCAGUGAGAUAUAUAAACAUUAUACUGAACUAUGCCAGGGCCCAGCAAUGGAACCCUGCCAAAAUGAUCAUGAGAGGGAGAUGCACUAUUCUCAUGUUGUAGAAAUGAAUAGACUUGACAAAGAUGUUGUCGAAGCAGAGAUGGAAGCAGUCCUCAGGGAGUAUGAUCAAAUUGGUGCUGAUCUUCGGAUCAUCCCGACAUCAUGUAAAUUGUUUGCUGAAGAUCCGAGUAGGUUGUCAAGAUGGAUCAUUGGGGAGGAGAAGUUGCAGAAAGUGUGAAACCAGUUUGCAGCUGUGUUUCCUG